AAUAAUAAUAUCAAUCACAUUAUUUUGUCAGAUUAAUUUUGCAGGAGAAGAAUAUUGGAAGAGGGAAGUGAUCUGUAAUAGAGAAAAAAAAAAUCAUGGCAAGAGCUCUAAUUUUGUUGGUUCUUUUCGCUUUUGUUGUUGAUGGAAUAAUCGCAGGAGAUCAUCAUUGUUGUACUAAGAACCCACCAGCUCUUAAUUCAAGUUCUGGUUAUGGACAUGUCGAAGAAAUUGGAGGUCUUAAGGCUUAUGUUUCUGGUUCUUUGGAUUCAAAGCUUGGAAUUCUUCUUGUUUCUGACUUUUUCGGAUAUGAAGCGCCAAAUUUGAGAAACCUGGCAGACAAAGUUGCAGCAGCUGGAUAUUAUGUUGUAGUUCCAGAUUUCUUUCAUGGAGAUCCUUUUACUCCUGGCGAGGAUGUACUAACCUGGCUUCAGUCUCAUGGAACGGAUAAGGGAGCUGUAGAAGCUAAACAAGUUAUUAAAGCUAUAAAAUCUAAGGGAAUAUCCGCCGUUGGAGCUGCAGGAAUGUGCUGGGGUGGAAAGGUAGUCGGAGAACUAGCCAAGUCUUAUGAUCUCAAAGCUAUUGUGAUGAUGCACCCUUCGCGUGUUACGGUUGACGAUAUCAAGGAAAUCAAGGUGCCCAUUUCCAUUCUAGGAGCUGAACUCGACAAGCAGUCUCCACCAGCACUUUUGAGACAAUUUGAAGAAGUUUUAUCAACAAAACCCGAGGUUGACAGCUUUGUGAAGAUCUUUAAAGGGGUUGAUCACGGUUGGACUUUGAGAUACGACAUCGGAAAUAAAGUAGCUGUUAAGCAAGCUGAAAAGGCUCAUCAUUACAUGUUAAAAUGGCUCUCUAAGUAUGUCAAGUGUUAGUCGGGAUGACGUUAAUUCCCACAGCUACCAGACCCUAUUUGUUUGUUGUGUUUGUUUAAGGCUAUAUAUUCUAAUCAGUCGCACAGUAUCAUAUUUGUAUUAUCAUUUAUUUUAUGCUUCUCGGUAUUAAUGUUUUAAAAUUUCACUCAGCGAUGAAUUAAUAAAGCCAAUGUUUCUA